CCCAUAAAGGAGAUGCGCCACAGAGAGGUUGAGCCAGAAGUCUGUCUGAGCUCCGGCUUCCCCAUGGAGCCCGAAGACCGAUCGCAUCUCUGUUUCCCGCAUCUGCCCAACAUCUCCUGCGGGAAGUCUUCGUCCGAGGGGUCGGAAGGCGUUCUUUUCGGAGUCCUGCUGCCCGUCGAAUGCGUCGCCACCGUGCUGCUCAACUUGCUUGUCAUCAUUUCAAUCUCCCACUUCAGGCAGCUCCACACCCCCACCAACCUGGUCCUCCUCUCCCUCGCCGUCUCCGACUUUCUGGUGGGCUCGGUGUCGAUGCCGAACGAGAUCUACCGGAACGCGUCCUGUUGGUUUCUGGGUGACGUGAUGUGUUCCCUGUGGAACUACAUGAUUUUCAUUUCUUCGGCGGCCUCGGUGGGAAACAUGGUGCUGAUAUCGGCCGACCGUUACGUGGCGAUUUGCGAUCCCCUGCAUUAUAACGUCAAAGUCACCGUGAAAAGAGUUCAACUUUGCGUUUGUCUCUGUUGGCUGGGCGCCAUUAUCCACUGUGGCAUCGUUUUGAUGGACCAGUUGGCUCACCCCGGGAUGUAUAACUCCUGCCUGGGAGAGUGCCUCAUCGGUUUUGAGUUUUACGCAGGCGUUCUGGACCUGGUCAUGUGCUUCGUCCUUCCUCUCGGCGUCAUCAUCACGCUGUACAUGAGAGUGUUUGUGGUCGCUGUGUCUCAGGCGCGAGCCAUGCGUUCUCAUGUUAAAUGUCUCAAAUUACAACGUCGCGGCCCUUUCAGAGCAAAGACCUCCGAAAUUAAGGCGGCCAGGACUCUUGGGGUCCUCGUUCUGGUCUUUCUGGUAUGUUUCUGUCCGUACUACAUUGUCAAUCUGGUGGCUGACAACAGGACUGCGGCUUCAGUGGGCAAAUAUGUUCUUUAUUUGUUUGACUUCAACUCGUGCGUGAACCCCUUGAUCUACGCCUUGUUCUACCCCUGGUUUCGAAGAGCCGCCAAGCACGUUGUCACCCUGCGCAUUCUGCGGCCUGGCUCCCGCGAGGCCAACAACAUACUCUAGACUCGCAUUUAAAUGCGCUGAUGGUUUUGUUGUUGUUGUCGUGGUAAUUUGAGUAACCCGUACUUUUCAUUUCUGAAUUUUGCUUUUGAAUGUGCCUGAGCCUUUCGUUUGAAACAUUUUUAAAUGUUGCACUUGUAAUGAUAUGAAGCGCAGUGAGUUACCCUUGUGUAUUAAAUGCACACACACACACACACACACACCUCUACUCAGCCACAUUUCUUGUAAAUGUCACACACCAACAUGCGAAUGACAGAAAUGGACUCCUACAGUACUAAGACCACGGGCCGCUCAUUUUCAACAAUGAAUAUCGUGUGCACUGAGGAAGGGUGAUGCUUAUGUGUGCAUGAUGUGGCUCUUUGCAAUAACACAGUAAAAAAAAAAAAACUGGCUCUUCGUCUCUGGCUGGUUUGCCACCCCUGCCCUAUAUCAAGAGCAAAAAGGAACAGUCAUAAAUUCGGAUAUUUGGAACACGCAAAGUCACUUUUACAAUCUGUUAGAUAUACAAUUUGUGUAUAUAGUGAAAAGACGUAUGUACUAUAUAUGUAUAUAUUUAUAUGUAUAUGGCUAUGAUAGUCUGCGGACUGAUUCCAAGUUGACCGCGAGGUGUCAAGAGAGAAAUUAAAAAAAAAAAAAAAAAAGAUUUGUG